CUCACUACACCUAUUCCAAUUUUCCGACGCCCGACCACCCAAAAAUCACGUUCCUCAACUAAACAACAUAUUUUCCGCGGUGCGAUUAUCUCAGAAUGAAACUGUCAGAUUUUUGUUCAAAAGUUGACAGCAUUUGUUUCCUACGGGCGCUGUGUGGUCGGUUCGCAAUCAGCGACGCGCGCGAGAGAUGAGAGGUUGGCAAAAGUGUCGUGGAUGGAAAGUGCGCCGAGAAGACAGAAAAAAGACUAGGGGAAUCCAUAGUUCUCUCUUUCCGUGCACCAUGGCGAACUUGGAGGACGCCGAUUACGAGCUAAUGGAUUUUGAGGAUGAAUUGCUGCCUUGGGCCCAAAACCGCGCCACUGGGCUUUCGCCGCCACUGACAGCAGCAGCAGCAAAAAAAAAGACCACCACACCACCACCACUACCACCACGACGGAGACCAGCAACAGCACCACAGCAGCAACGCGGUCUGUCAGGAGGAAGCGGAAAUUGUCUUCAGGACGAUCCUGUUUAAUUUUAGUCUGGAGAGAGUUAGACCAGGUAACAUGUGGACAUUUACUAAAAUCAUCCAGGGAUCAGCUAAUCCUAUCAUACUGGAUGAAUCUUGGAAUGCGACAAGUUGAAAAUACUGUUUAAUUUUAGUGUACAGAGAGAGUUACGCCAGGUAACAUCUCGACAUUUACUAAUAGCACUGUACAAACUCUUGCCCAUUUUGAAAAAAUGCUUGAAAUCACCCCAAAAACAAAAACAAAAAAUGUCUUUGUAAAAAAAUGCGCCAAGCAUAUAUUUCGAUGUUGUUCAUUUGAAAAAAAAAUUAAAAAAAAACUUAAAACAACAAUUACUUAAAAAUUGAAGCCACAAUUAUGGAAAUUUGAAAAAAAUACACAAAUAAAAAAAAGAUGCCAAGCUCAUUGAUUGAAUUUACCAGUGGAGAAAGCUGGUGAUGAUAGGAGUCCAUAAAUCGUUUUGAGUUCUCUAUGAAUAUCUUGACUAAGACGAGUCCCAUAAUAUCCUACAAAGGUGUAAGGAAUUUUCAAGAAUUCCUUAAAACAUACCGGGAUCCAAAGAAGAUAUCCAGAAGGGGGUGAGUACGCCGAGAGAGAGAGAGCGGGAGAGGCUUAGAUAUAAGUUAGGGAAAAGAAAAUUGGGAAUUAGAGUAACCGGGAGAAUAACUCCCCAGAUCAUGCGGGUAAAAAACCGAGAAUUAGAUAGGAAGGAGUAAUGGGAGUUAGUAGGAUCGGGAACGUUAGGGAUGCGGGGACCGAAGGGAAUUCCCGGUUAUGAGCCAAAUUUACCGAGCUACGUGGAAUUCCCUGAGGAUCACUCCCCCCGUUUAGAUUUUUUUGGAUACGUGUAGGAGUACGAAAAAUACCGCUCGAUUCAGUGAUCAAGAGGGAGGGGGAGAUACGUCUUGGGUUUAGGGCGGCAGACCUAGGGGCCUAGAACAGCCCUAGCAACCCCUAGGAUAGCCUAAAGGCUGAAUUUUAAGUAAAUGAUAAGGAGUUAGAAAUUAGGAUAAAGAUUAGGGUUCCCACUUUCCUCUGAUCCUCGACAAAACAACCAAAAGGAUCUAAUCGCGUUCCGUGGAUAAUAUGUUUAGAGAUAAAAAGGAAAAUAACAAUGAAAAAUCAUCUCCCGAUCCAGAGAUGCUAGGAGGGUAGAGAAACCCCAUUUGAAUUUUGAAUGCGGUUGGCGCGCGUGCCUCUGGUUGACACGGAGACGCCAGCGCCAUUAAUACCGAGCACGACCACAA